CCAAAAAUCAGGAGGGUAAGAAUGUGUGUGUCCCCAAACGGUGACGUCAGUGGUGGUGGUGGUGGUGGCGGGGUCCCCCCGAUGUCGGCUGGAUGGACCUCCUGGUUCUGCAGACCCUGCGUUCAGGAAAAUCACGUGGUAACAGUUUUGAGGUGAGUCCCCAAAAGUCAGGAAGGUAAGAAUAUGUGUGUCCUCAAACGGUGACGUCACCGGCGGGGGCGCCCCUGUCGGCUGGAUGGACCUCCUGGUUCUGCAGACCCUUCGUUCUGGUAUCAAACCCCCCAGUGUGGGCGUGUCCUCUUGUGGAGCGGACACGCGCUCCAUGACGCAGCCGCACUCCACCUGGAACCUUCCGCCGGGCUCCCGCGUUACAUAGAGCGGCGGGUGGAGAUGUCCGGCGGCACCGACGGGCGGAUUUAAACCAUCGCCGGUUCGGCGGAGGAUUAUGUCAGUGCUGCUCGGUGGUGUCGCGUUCGGGCCGGUUCGGGAAGGUUAGCGGGUCUCGUCGGGUUCUGCGCUCCGGGUCCCGGACUUUGCAGAUCCAUCAUCAGGUCCGAGUCGGAGUUGGGCUGUUUUUUUCCUCGGUCCCUGAAGCCGACACGUUGGGACUGGAUGGGCCCCCCCCGGUGUGUCCUGCUGCUGCUGCUCCUUCAGCUUCUGCAGGUUCAGUCCAGACCCACAGUGGAGGACGCCGACCCGGAUGCAGUCAAAUCCUCCGAGGAUGAAGAGGAUGAUGAGUCUUCCUCUGAGGAGAACAAGCCGUCCAAUGAGCUGUCGGCGAGCAGCGAGAACCUGCAGCCGAUGGCGCCGCAGUGGGUGACGCCGGAGAAGAUGGAGAAGCAGCUCCACGCCGUUCCCGCCAGCAUGACGGUCCGGUUCCGUUGCCCGGCAACAGGGAACCCGGUCCCCACGCUGCACUGGCUGAAGAACGGGGAGGAGUUCAGCAGAGACCAGCGUAUCGGAGGCUUCAAGAUCAAAGACCACACCUGGAGUCUGAUCAUGGAGUCGGUGGUUCCGUCUGAUGAGGGAAACUACACCUGCGUGGUGGAGAACGAACACGGCAGCCUGAGACACACCUACCAGCUGGACAUCGUGGAACGUUCUCCUCACAGGCCCAUCCUGCAGGCCGGCCUGCCGGCCAAUCAGACGGCGGUGGUCGGCGGUGACGUGCAGUUCGUGUGCAGAGUGUUCAGCGACCCGCAGCCUCACAUCCAGUGGCUCAAACACGUGACGGUCAACGGCAGCCGCGAGGGGCCCGAGGGACACUCCUUCGUCCAGGUUCUGAAGACUGCAGGUCUGAACUCCACCGAUAAGGAGAUGGAGGUGUUGACUCUGAGGAACGUCACUCUGGAAGACGCCGGCGUCUACACCUGCCUGGCGCAGAACUCCAUCGGGAUGUCCUACCACUCUGCGUGGCUCACGGUGCUCAGCGAGCCGCCGCCCUCGGCCGUGCCCUCGCAGACCUUCCUGGAGAUUUUCUUCUACUGCCUGGGCUUCUCCGUCAUCAUCGUCCUCGCCGUUGCAGCCGUCGUCUGCCGGCUCUACUGCGCGCCCAAGAAGAGCGACUUCAGCAGCCAGCUGGCGGUCCAGAAGUUGGAGAAGAGCAUCCCUCUGCGGAAACAGGUGUCGGUGGAGUCCUCGUCCUCCCUGCAGUCGGGGUCGAUGCGUCCGUCCCGCCUGUCCAGCACCGCCACCAGCGUCCUGGCGGGGGUGUCUGAGUACGAGCUUCCAUAUGACCCGGCGUGGGAGCUGCCGCGAGAUCGGUUGACUCUGGGGAAGCCUCUGGGGGAGGGCUGCUUCGGUCAGGUGGUUCUGGCCGAGGCCGUGGGGCUGGACAGGAGCAAGCCCACCCGCCUCAGCAAGGUGGCGGUGAAGAUGUUGAAAGCCGACGCCUCCGAGAAAGACCUGUCCGACCUGAUCUCUGAGAUGGAGAUGAUGAAGAUGAUCGGGAAGCACAAGAACAUCAUCAACCUGCUGGGCGCAUGCACGCAGGACGGCCCUCUGUACGUGGUGGUGGAGUACGCCUCCAAGGGGAAUCUGAGGGAGUACCUGCGAGCGCGCCGGCCGGUCGGGGUGGAGUACUGGAGCGGCGCCCGGCAGCCGCUGCUGGGGGGGGUGGAGAUCAGGGAGCUGGUGUCUGCAGCGUACCAGGUGGCCAGAGGGAUGUCCUACCUGGCUUCAAAGAAGUGCAUUCACAGAGACCUGGCAGCCCGGAACGUGUUGGUGACUGAAGACGAUGUGAUGAAGAUCGCUGACUUUGGCCUGGCCCGAGACAUUCACCACAUCGACUACUACAAGAAGACCACCAAUGGCCGCCUGCCGGUGAAGUGGAUGGCUCCUGAAGCUCUGUUUGACCGGAUCUACACCCACCAGAGCGACGUGUGGUCGUUCGGCGUUCUGCUCUGGGAGAUCUUCACCCUGGGCGGAUCUCCGUAUCCCGGCGUCCCGGUGGAGGAGCUGUUCAAGCUGCUGAAGGAGGGUCACCGCAUGGAGAAGCCGACGGCGUGCACGCAGGAGCUGUAUCUGAUGAUGAGGGACUGCUGGCACGCCGUUCCGUCCCGAAGGCCGACGUUCCUGCAGCUGGUGGAGGAUCUGGACCGGACGCUCUCGCUCAUGUCCAACCAGGAGUACCUGGACCUGUCCGUCCCGCUGAUCCAGUACUCUCCGGUCCAGUACUCCCCGAUCAUCAGCACCUCCUUGGAUCCUUCCUGCAUGUCUUCAUAGUCACCCUGGAACUCCACUCCUCCUUCCGGUUUCUCCUGGAGC